GUCGAGACUGCUACCAAACUCCUACCAUGUGUCACCUCCCUAGCUAAGUUUCAACAAGCAAUACAAUAUUUUGUUUAAAGAAGAACUCAGGGGCCUGAAUAGAACUCCGGGGGCUCCCCAUCUUUAUACCCGCCAGGAUUACAGGAGUCAACAUUGCUGUCAUCUCUAGUUGGAUAUGUCACACACGCGUAAAACUUAUUUCAACUCUACUAACCUCGAGUAAAGCCUUAUUGCAACUCUACAAAGCCCGAGAAAUCAAGCAAGAUAUGGGAAUUUGAACCAAUUGGAAAAAAGUUUCUCUUCAAGAAAAAGACAACCCUCAGAUAAGUUUACUUCUCAAUUUCUGUUAUUAUUUAUAAACUUCUUAAUGUCCUUUUGGUUUGGCUUUCUACUCCUCUGCUGUCUUACAAUUCCUCCCUCUUCCCUGUGAAAACCUUCUCAGAAUAACUCUUUAUUGGAUCAAUAAUCCUUUCCAAAACUCUUCUUGGCUGCUUACUUAUUUAUGCACUCCUUCAAGGCUUGCUUAGACCUUUUCUACAAUCUGACACAAUGAGUAAUUUCCUUCUAUUCCUAUUUGUGGCUUCACAGGUCUCUUUAGGACGAGGCACAAUAAACAACACUCUAAAACCAGAACCACAACCAUGGGACCAAAACUCACUAAUUAGGAUUACCAAGGCUAUAGCAUCAGGGAACAUCACUAAUUGCUGGGUCUGUCACAAGCACCCAAAAGCUCUAGGCCCCAUACAAUAUUUAGCUAAGCCAGAGAACAGAUUCGGUAAUGAAACCUGGCGCUCAGAGCUAGCAUAUAUUUCCAAACCAAGUACGUAUGCCACCCUUUUCACUCUGGUUAACUUAACUUCCUCUCCAUCUAUCUGCCUAUAUACUGCAACAUCUAAACAUAAGCCUGCUCGUCUGGGAAAAGAGUUUCCUGUCUGCAACAAAACUAAGACUGCUCUGUGUAAACUUAGAGCCUUAUAUUAUUCCACGUUGUGGCCAGCGAAUAUUUCCUCAUGUAGCACCAUUGUUCCUAUGGUUUUAACUAGCUCCUCCAACACAAUCUGUGUUCCUGAGGGAAUGGUUUACAUAUGCGCAUAUUCCAUGAACUGGACGGCAGGCACUGGUUCCGUGCACACCACCCCUACGGGAUACAUGGCCACUUCAUGCCUAAAUCCCUAUCUCAUUUACGGAAUGUGCACCGUAGGAUAUUUAACUCCUAGCCUGGCCAUCUACAAGGAAACAUCAACACCUUCCCAGCACAAGAGAGGACUCCUAGACAACAACCCCUUAACUUGGACAAGAAAGUCUUUUACUUCCCUUGUCCCCUGGGCAGGAUACAUGGAACAUGAAUUCAUCCUUCUUAAUCUCACAGCUGAAUUAGAAAAGCUCUCAAGUGAAACAGGGGGAGCCCUCCAUGAACUACAACAGUCCCUCAACUCUUUAACCAAUAUAGGCUUAGACAACCGGAUUGCCCUGGACUAUCUUUUAGCCGCAGAAGGAGGGGUCUGCGCUAUUCGGAAUACUGCAUGUUGCACCUACAUCAAUAACUCCGCCAAAGUAGAAACAAGAAUACGUGAGAUUCUAAACCACGCAACCUGGUUAAAGAACCUAAGAGAAUCCUAACUUUUGCCAGGUCUGGCAACCUCACUUGCUUAAAAUUGGAAAAAUUGGUUAUGGUCUCUCCUUGAACUCUUAUAAUACCUCUCAUCAUAUACUAGGGAUACUGCUAUUUGGUCCCUGUUCAUUUAACCUACUUUGUCUCUUCCAGAUUACAGCAAUUCCACCUCAGAUAAUGGUUCAUCAGGGUUUUCAACCUUCCCAAACACCCCGCAGAAAUUAGCUCAACGUCCUGAUCAAGCUGGCCAACGAGUCCAAGAACCUUACCGUAUGCCCUGACAGAUAGCAAGAGAAUGAGACCCAAUCCUAACUUCGCCCGUUUGUCAGCAGGAAGUAGCCAGAUGAUUGUCUACAUCCAUAAUCCCCCCCCCACGAAUUGGGUGUCAAACUCUUGAGUGGAGAAUGUUAGGUUAGGCAGUUAGAUAGAUAAGAGCAGGGCAGAGGCAGGACAAACUGAUCAAAGACCAUGUUUAAAUACACGGGAAAAGAGGGAUGGAAAGCUAAGAACAGCCAUCAAAUUUAGAC